ACCUGCAGGAUUCUGUGUUUUAGUAUUUGUGAAAUAGGGGCCCCUGCUGUUACCAAGCCGUGUAUCUUGACCAUUUACUCUAGCCGCUCUUACAUUUUCAUAAGUAAGCGCAUAGUUCCGGAUAUAUGCACUAUAAUAUAAACUGUGUAAUAUGCGGACAUUUGGACAUUUGGACUACAAAAACAAUGCAAUCGUUAUUCAAAUAGGAAUAACCUCACUGGCUGAGAUCAGAUAGGACGUUUGCUAUGGACAACGGCGAUGUGGUAAUUAUGUGUAUUAUUAGUUAGUGGUUCUUUCCUUGUUCCUCUGGGGAAUUAUAGCCUAUAGGCUGGUUGACUGGUCGUUCGGUGCGCGCCUGAGAGACGGACGCUGAUGCGACGGACGCGCGCAGAAACCGUAGAUGCAAGAGCCAGGUGAGGCACGGCAGUAGGGCUGCUGCUGCCAUUACUAAAGAAAAAGGGGGCUUUUAAAAAAUCAUAAGGAAGUGGAAAAUCACCUGAUUAUCCAAGAGAAGAAAGAGCGGUGAACGCCAGUCGUCCAACAGCACCUGACACAGCCUUUCUACCUGGCCGCCUGGCCACCGUGUUUCUCAACAGUGCAUGUGCUGGGCUGCCAUGGCGACCAUGGCUCCACCCCUCACAUUUCUACUCCUGCUGCUUCAAGUGGCUGACGGCUCAUUCCCAGAGGAGCCUAGUCCACUCAGCUACGCUCCCUUGGAGGUGGUGAGGAGGUACCCCGUGUUCGUGGGGAGAGCACACCCCUCCGCCCUCCGGCAGGAGAUGCACAUCCAGACCGUCCUCCAGGUCAACCGCACGCUCUACAUAGGAGCCAGAGAUGAUCUGUACAGAGUAGAGCUGGACAACAUGGUUGGCGAUGAGAUGUUCUACAGCAAGAAGCGCACAUGGGAGUCCAACAAGAAUGACAUCCGGGUGUGCAGAAUGAAGGGGAAGCACGAGGGUGAGUGCCGCAAUUACAUCAAGGUGCUGCUGAGCCACCAUGACGGCCUGUUUGUGUGCGGAACCAACGCUUUUAAUCCACUGUGCGCCAACUACACCAGAGACAGCCUGGAGAUGGCGGGAGAGUCUGUGAGCGGGAUGGCGCGAUGCCCCUACGACCCCAGACACGCCAACGUGGCUGUGUUCGCCGAAGGGAGUCUUUUCACCGGCACCGUGACAGACUUCCUGGCCAUCGACGCUGUGAUCUACCGCAGCCUGGGGGACAGCCCCGCCCUCCGCACGGUCAAGCACGACUCCAAAUGGUUCAGAGAGCCGUUUUUCGUGAGUGCAGUAGAAUGGGGCCCGCACAUCUAUUUCUUCUUCCGAGAAAUGGCGAUGGAAUUUCACCACCUAGAGAAGGUCAUGGUGUCCCGGGUGGCCCGCGUCUGUAAGACGGACCUGGGCGGCUCCCAGCGGGUGCUGGAGAAGCAGUGGACGUCCUACCUGAAGGCGCGGCUCAACUGCUCGGUGCCGGGGGACUCCCACUUCUACUUCAACCUGCUGCACGCCACCAGCGGGGUGCUGCACCUGCAGGGCCGCGCCGUCGUCCUGGGGCUCUUCUCCACGCCGCCCAACAGUAUCCCCGGCUCGGCCGUGUGUGUGUUCGACAUGCAGCAGCUGGCCCACGUGUUCGAGGGGAGAUUCAAGGAGCAGAAAUCCCCAGAAUCCAUCUGGACCCCUGUGCCCGACGAACUGGUGCCCAGACCACGGCCGGGAGGCUGUGCGGUGGAGGGCUCCAGGUUCAGCUCCUCCAACUCCCUGCCCGACGAGGUGCUGAACUUCGUGAAGACCCACCCUCUGAUGGACGAGACGGUCCCCCUGCUGGGGCACCGGCCCUGGGUGGUCCGUACCAUGGGCAGGUACCAGCUGACCACCAUGGUGGUGGACACGGAGGCGGGGCCCCAGAGGAACCGGACGGUUCUGUUCCUGGGCUCCACGCGAGGGACCGUGCUCAAGUUCCUCAUGGUGCCCAGCGGGGAGCCCGUGGCCCACAGCAGCGUGUUCCUGGAGGAGGUGGAGGGCUUCAACCCAGAGAAGUGUGGAGAGGACACCCCCCAGGCCCGUCAGCUCCUGUCCCUGCUGCUGGACCGCAGCAGUCACACCCUACUCCUGGCCUUCCCCUCCUGCCUGGUGCGGGUGCCCACCUCCCGCUGCCACCUGCACGCACGCUGCAUGAAGAGCUGUUUAGCCUCCAGGGAUCCCUACUGUGGUUGGACGAGAGGCAGCACCUGCUCCUUCCUCAGACCAGGCACCCGGUUGCCCUUUCAGCAAGACGUGGAGUACGGCAACACCACCUCUCAUCUGGGGGACUGUGACGGCCUCCUGCAGCAGAGCCUGCUGAUCGAGCCCGAGAGCCUGGUGUCGCUCAACCUGCUGGUGGCGUCGGCCGUCUCCGCCUUCACCAUCGGCGCCGCGCUGUCCGGUCUGGCCGUCUGCUGGAUCAUGGCCCACAAGCCCGCCGCCCGGCGCCACGGCAACGCCUCGCAGUCCUCCAUCCAGCGGCGCGAGCGCGGCCUGCUGGGCAACGGCGGCGGCAGCGUGGGCGGCUCGGUGCUGAGCGUGACGCGGCAGGGCGGCGGCGGCGGCGGCGAGCGGCCCUGCACCCAGGGCGGGGAGACCCUGUUCGUCAUGCCCAACGGCUGGGUGAAGUCCGGGGAGCUGGACCCGGGCUUCCUGCCCACGCCGGAGCACACGCCGCAGCAGAAGCGCCGGGGGCUGCGGCUCUCCGACUCCAACUCGGGGGGGUGGGACACCAGCCAGACGUACCUGGGCGGGGGUACCGUCAGCCUGGGCUCGCCCUGCCGCAUGCCCCCCUCCGUCUACAUCACCACCCGACUCUUCCAGCAGGGCGGCGGCGGCGGGCGGCACGGCGGGGAGGGCCGCGGGGGGGACGCGCCCCGCCAGCACUACGUCUGCCUCAGCAAGCAGGAGAAGGGCCCGCGCGGGACCCCCAAGGCGCCCCUGAGGAAGUCGGCGGGGGAGUACGUCUACCCGAUGACCCCCCAGGACUCGCCGGAGCGCCGCAGGGUGGUUUCGGCCCCUAGCGCCCCGGUGGAGUACGGGGAGCCCCUGCCCCUGCGCUGGCCGGCCCCCGAGGGCUACAUCCUGAGCAGCCACCCCAUGGGGCCCCAGUCCCCGACCGCCAUCAUGGCGGCCCCGGGCGGGGGCCACCACAACCCGGCGUACGUGCCCCAGCAGCGCACCCCCGGGAUGGGCGGGGCUCUGAUGAGGGGGGCCCUGGUACGGGGGGACCUAGGGGAGUUGGUGGAUCUCAGCCAGCUCAUGAGCAAGAAGAGCUGCAGUGAGAGGACUCAGACGGGCCAGUGAGACACAAAGAGGUGGGGCGCUUGGGGCUGGAUGAGUCUGCAGUCCUGUCUCUGUACCCUGCUACAUGGAGCCACGUGCAGCUCCACGGAACCUCUCUCAACUCUUACUGUUAACUUCCCCUUUCUCCUUGGGCUCCGUCGCUAGAUCAUUGUCAUUCAGCCUUUAUGAGCCCCCGUGUCAGCCCAUAUCCCCCAUCACCCGCCCACCUCUCCUUCCCACUGCUCCCUCUCCUCUUCCUCUUCCUCCUCCUCAUCCUCUCUCCUCGUGGCAGGACCUGCCCCCCCCCCCCCCCCCCGCACCCCCCUGUUACGAUUGGCCGCCAUGUGUGCCACUCACACUCAUGCCUCGUGCUGAUUGGUCGCAGAGGCUGAGGUUGUUGCUGUGCCUGCAAUGCAGAGAGUUGACUAUCUCUCUCUCUCUCACACCGGCGGAGGGAGAAAACAAGAGGGCGAAGAGGGGAAGGAGAGGAAGGGAUGAGUUUGGAGGGCGGAUGGAAGAGUAGAUGGGCUUUAAAGACAAUGCAGAGCUGGAUUUAGUGCACGUAUCGCCACUGCCAACAGCACUAGAGGGGAACGACUGAAAGACUUUCUCUGUAAAUACAAAUGAUCCUGUAUGAUGUGUAAAUUCCCUCCUCGGACAUUACGGUGACUCUGCCUGCUAAGGCAAAAACAAAAAAAUAACUGACUACAGUGUUUCAACUUUACUAUAUAAAGACUAUAUUAAUGUGGGGGGGGGGGAUUCUACUGUCCUGGGAGUGGGGUUUAGUGUGAGAGAGCAUGUGUUGGUGUGAGACAAAAAUCCUUUCCAGCUGUAGUUGCUUUGUCCAUCGGUUGGAGAAUACACACUCACACACACACACACACACACACACACAUAAACACACGUGCACAUAAAACGCAAACCAAUUGCAUUUCCAAUUUAAUCCUAUCAUCUCCAGUUCUCUCUUUCUCUCUUUCACACACACACACACACACACACACACACACACACACACACACACUCACACUCACAAACAUACACAAAUGAAUGCAUAGCAACAAACACACCCGCAGGCACACAUAUACCCAUGUGAUCACGUACAACAGAAGUCAAUGAUUCCAAGUGUGUGAGGAAAGCCGAGAUCUCUCUUUCUCUCGCUCUUUCUCUCUCUCUCUCUCUCUCUCUCUCUCUCUCUCUCUCUCUCUCUCUCUCU